AUGGAUGUUCCAAAUUAUGAAUACUUAAGAUAUUUAGGGAUACAGAACGAAAUUAAAAGGAGAAAAAUAUAUAAAAGAAUAAACAUAUAUCAUGUGUUAGAUAUAGUAAUAAUUAUAUUAUUAUUUUUGGGGUGCUAUAAAUUUGAUAUUGAAAAAAGUUAUCAAAGUGAAAAAAAAUUAUUUUACAGUUUUACAAAAUCGUUGAUAGAUUUGUUUAUCUUGAACUUAUUCAGAAUAUUGUAUACAUUGAUAUUCCUUUUUUUAUAUGCAAAAAUAAGCUCAUUAAAAACGUUAGAAAAUGUAUACGUGUUUUCCAGACAUUUCACAGGAAUAUUGGCAAUUAUUAACACUUUGAAAAUGAUAAAUUUGCAAUAUUAUAUGGAAAAUCCAGAUAAUAUUAUUGAUCAAAAUAAUUACACAUAUAUAUGCAUAGCAAGAGUGAUAAUAAUGCUCUAUAGCAUGUGUUCAUCCUUGUAUUAUUACUUUGUGCAAAUUCAGUUAUAUAACGUUAAGAAAAGAAGUAUAAUAGCUAAAAGUGAGUUGGAGAAAAUACUUAUAAAUGAUUUGAAAUCGAAAAAGUAUCAACUGUUCAAUGCAAAUGUAAGAAAUACUUUUUUGGAGACUGAUACAAGCAGUGUUAAUAAUGAUUCUAUGCGAAUUGAUUUUAAGAGUAUUAUCGAUGGAAAUUUAUCGUAUAGCAAAUUAAGUGACUCAGAUGAUAUAUUUAAAAAUACAAAGAAACAAAAAAUUGGGUGCCGAAGAAAAGUUCCUCAGAUUAACAGUGUAUUUGCAGAGAAAAAUGUAAAGGAAGCGUUACUGAAGAAAAAAAAAAGUUACCAUUCUGAUAAGAAAGUUAGUGCAGGAAGAGGAAAUGAUGCUGGAAGUCGAAAGAACAACGAUUCUUUCUCUUCCUCUGCUACCUCCUCUACGACCAAUGCAAAUAUAAGUUUUUUAGAGGACAAACUAAGUUACAAAGAGUUCAUGAGCAUAUUGUUACCAUAUGCAUGGCCCAGCAGAAGAGUAGAUCAGAAAGGAAAUAGUAUAAUUUUGAGAACAUAUGUAGUGUUUAUAUUUCUGUUUAUUAUAUUGUCAAAAAUGUUCAGUGUUGUAUGUCCGAUAUAUAUAGGGCUAGCAUCAAAUGAAGUAUUAAAAAAAGAUAUAAAGAAUUCCAUUUUUUACCUUACUCUGUAUGUUACUUUUUUCUUUACAUCUAAAUUUUUAAAAGAAAUAUGUGGAAUUUUAUAUUCACAAGUACAACAGUCAGCAUUCAUAGAGUUACAAGAAUCCAUUUUUCAGAAUUUUCAUAAUUUAUCAUACGAAUGGUUUUCGACAAAAAACUCUGGAGGUAUAAUGAGAAUUGUAGAUAGAGGUACAGAAAGUGCAAACAGUUUAAUGAAUUCUUUACUCAUGUAUAUAAUUCCAGCAACUAUAGAAGGAGUUGUGACAUGUAUCAUAUUUGUUACCAAGUAUAAAAGUAGUGUCUUAGGUAGUGUUUUAUACAUAGGUCUAACAUUAUACACAUAUGCAACUAUAAAAAUAACAAAAUGGAGAAAGAAAAUAAGAAGUAAAGCGAAUAAAAUGGACAAUGUAUAUCACGAUAUUGCUCAUGACUCUUUAACAAAUUAUGAAAAUGUAAAAUAUUUUAGUAAUGAAAAUUUUGAAAUAAAAAGAUUUUGUAGUGCAUUAUCUAACUAUAAUAGAUAUAAUUUAAAAAUACUUAACAGCUUAGGUAUACUCAAUAGUAUUCAACAAUUUAUUUUAAAUGCCACACUAUUUUGCACAUUAAUUUGUGCAAUUCGUAUGAUUAUAAAUGAUGGAGCUGAUGGUGGUACAUUCAUUAGUGUAGUGGUGUAUACAUCUAACGUUUUUGCACCGUUAACUAUAUUAGGUACGUUAUAUGCAAAUAUUGUUAAAUCAUUUACUGAUAUAAGCGAUUUGACUGAUAUUUUAAGAGAAAAGGUAGAUAUGAAAGAUGAUUCUAAUUUGGAACCAUUCGUUCUUACGUCUCAUGAAAAGAAAUUCGGAGCCAGCAUCCAAUUUGUAGAUGUUAAUUUCCACUAUCCAUCUCAACCUCUUCAUAUGUCUUUGAAAGAUAUUAAUAUUUAUAUACAACCAGGUACUACAUGUGCUCUUGUUGGUCAUACUGGUUCAGGAAAAACAACUAUUUCUAAAUUGCUUUAUCGAUUCUAUGAUGCUGAAGGGGAUAUAAAAAUUGGAGGCAGAAAUAUAGCAGAAUAUACAAGAAAUUCAGUUAGAAAUAUAAUUGGAAUAGUCCCACAAGAUACAAUUUUGUUUAAUGAAACGAUUCGAUAUAACAUACUCUAUGGAAAAUUAGAUGCAACUGAAGAACAAUUAAUACAAGCUGUCAAAUCUGCACAGUUGUAUGAUUUUAUUGAAUCAUUACCAAAAAAAUGGGACACGUUGGUUGGUGAUAAAGGUGUCAAAUUAUCAGGAGGGGAAAGACAAAGAAUCGCUAUAGCCAGAUGUUUAUUAAAAGAUCCGAAAAUAGUCAUUUUUGAUGAAGCAACUAGCUCUUUAGACUCAAGAACUGAAUUUUUAUUUCAAAAAGCUGUAGAGGAUUUAAAGAAAAAUAGAACCCUAAUCAUUAUUGCACACAGACUUAGUACCAUUGCAUCAGCAGAAUUAAUUAUCUUAUUAAAUAAAGGACGAAUUGUUGAAAGAGGAACUCAUCAAUAUUUACUUAAACUGAAUGGAGAAUAUACAGAAAUGUGGAAUAUGCAAUCCCGAUCGAAUGAUUUAUUUACAGAUGAUAAUUUAUCAAAUGAAGAAAAUAAAAGUGCGCCUCCACAUUCAAAAAAUAUGGGAACAAAUUCCCCACGUUCCCUUGCUGUAAUGAGGAAUGCUAAAGCCAAUAGUGCCCGAAGUGCAAUUUCUGGAAAUGGUCAACAUGAGAAUUACAGCAUUCGUAAAGAUAUUGGAGGACGUCUACAUGUAUAUAAUAGUAUCGUGAGGGAUGUAGUGAGGAAUGCAACCACAGGAGGUAAGACAAGAGAGGCGCGAGGUAGCAACGUUAGCUGUGGAACCACACCCAGCGUCAAUAGAAGUAACACAGCCGGCAGUGUUGGAAGUGCUAGAAGUGUUGGAAGUGCUAGAAGUGUUGGAAGUGCUGCAAAUGUUGGAAGUGCAGCAAAUGUUGGAAGUGCAGCAAAUGUUGGAAGUGCUGCAAAUGUUGGAAGUGCAGCAAAUGUUGGAAGUGCUGCCAAUGCUGGAAGUGCUGCAAAUGUUGGAAGUGCAGCAAAUGCUGGAAGUGCAAGCGGAUUGAAUAACCGAAGCAUGAACACAGUGUGUGGUGAUGGCAAUGAGAACAAUGGUGACAUAUACGGAUCUAAAGAGGGAUUGAAUGAAAAUGCCAUUAGAAGUAGUGACACAAGGAACUAUACUGCUGAUCAUAGCGACGUUCGGGGUGGAAGUGUGCAAAGUGGUAGACAAAGUGAUGGAUCCGCAAGUGCCCAGAUAGAUGAUGGUUCCAAUAUGAGAUACGAAUCAGGAACUGUUCGAAGUAGCAAUGGUCAUAGUUCUAGAUCUAAUAACAUCAGUGGCGAUGCAGAGGUAGUAGAAAACGACGCAGUUAGUGGGCAAGAUAGUAGCCCCAUUGAUAGGGAAGAACCAAUUGGUGCAGAGGAACCAAUAGACGAGGGUGAAACAAAUAGUAUCAUGGGAAGCGAUGUACAUAGGAAUCACGAAAUUGGAUAUAGACAAAGAAUCCACCACAUGAACAAUAACAGCUACAAUAGUAGUAGCACAAACAAUGAGAAUGAUGGACGUGGAGAUGACAACAAUGUAAACAAUGACGCAAACACCUUCAGUGGUGGUGGCAGCAAUGAUAAUAACAUCAGUACAAAUGAUUUGGACAAUCAGGAUUAUACUAACGGUUUUGAAAUAGAUUAUCAGGGUGGUUAUAAUGAACAAGCGAUUGUUAGUGAACAGUCUUCGCCCAUCGAACAGAUGGUGUCAAGCUAUGCCAUAACUGCUAAUGAAUCUGUUAUUGCCAACGAAUCUGUUAUUGCGAACGAAUCUGCUAUUACGAAUGAAUCUGUUAUUGCGAACGAAUCUGCUAUUACGAACGAAUCUGCUAUUGUUAACGAAUAUGUCACUACCAACGAAGUAACAGUGAGCUACACGGAUUACAAUACGGGUGCGGUUGAUUAUAGCUACGAUAAUGCGGAUAAUGAUUCAUAA